CAGUAUUACAAUAUGGAUGUUUAUAAUUAUUAUAAAAUUAAAUGUGUCAUCGGUAACAUCAAAAUUAGUUCCAAUUAAGAAAGGUGAUCCAACAGAAUGGCGUGAAAAUGGAGCGGAAGCCAAUUUCGCUCAAUUCAAUAACUUGUAUGCAGUAAGUGUCAAUGAAAAGGUGGUGACCCCUUUUGACUGUUGUAGUGGUAGAUGUGAUACGGAAGUAACUACACUAUCAUAUUUCGUUGACGCUUUUCCAGAACUAGUACCUCACUCCGAUCAAUGUGCUGGAUUGAUUCGCUCUUGCUGGUUCGAAAAAGAAAGUGAAGAACGAAAAAAAGCAGCAGCGGACUACGAAAACUCAUUUAAAAUUCACUAUGGUUCGAUGAUGCGUACAACCUGGGCAUCUCCUAGCAACGUUUCAUUUUAUUAUCGCAUUAUACUACGUAAUACUGGUAACAUUUGCAAGUGCUUAUCUGAACGAGAUGAUAUUUCAAAUGCUAAUAACACGCGUGGUAAAUUACUUGAUUCCAUUUGUUUUGAUCCCGUUUCAGUUGAUAAUGGAUAUGUUGCAACGGGCGCGAGAUUCAAAAGACACGGUAAUGUAAUGUACCUUGAACUUCAACAAGGAAUAUUAUCACUAGGGAAAAUUGAUCCAUCAACUCUCAAGUGGACGACUUCUAAUAAUUGUAACGUAAAAACGAAACUUUUUAGGAAUUUCCGAAACGAUAGUACUUACGAUUCUUUACGAAUCAGACUAGAGGAUCUUACUUUAUCAGAGAAUGCAGUUGUCACAGGUGUUACGUUGGGUGAUUCAUUGCGCGGACGAUACGUCGAUAACGAUGGUAAUUUUAAUGAAAAUGAACCCGAAGUUACACAAAAAAGUCAAUGCCAUGGAAGGUAAUUACAUUUUUAUUCAA